CAUUUCCACGCGCAUUUGAAAACUCAUAUCUGGGACCCAAAAAUUCGGACACGUUGCAUCCAACCCACGCGAGUAGCAAUUUUGUUAUACAGUCGCGAGUAGUCAUUAAACCAACCUUCCCCAUCCUGUUUCAAAAUUUUAUGUUUUUUAUAACAAUAAUAUAAAAGAAAACAGUGACGUCAAUGACCGUUGUGAAUUUCUUCCACAACCUCACUUCUCUUCUUUGUAUUUCUCCGGCCAAACUCUAACGGUCAUUUUUCAGAAUACUCAUUUUGGCUGUUCUAGGGCAAACAUCCCACUCCUCCGUUCAGAUUCAUCUGGAAUUGGUUGAGAUUACUUUCUACUUGCUGGGAAAAGUUGUUGGUUUUUGGUUCGGAUUCAUGUUGAGACGAUCUGUAGUGAAAAACUAAGGUUUCAAGACCGGAGUUCGUUGUUUUGAACGGAAAUAAUGGUUGCUGCUGUUUCGACGACGUUGAAUCCUAAAACCGUGGCUCAGUCUCAGAGAGUGCCUCACUCUCAAAACCCUAUGAGGCCGCCUCUUUUACCUUCUGAUCCCGACAAUGGUGCCGCCGCUCGACGGCCCAAAUCCAGGGAAGUCACUUCUCGGUACUUGUCAUCUUCCACUUCCACUUCUUCUGCAUCGGUUUUGAGACGAUGUCCCUCCCCUUCGGUUUCCGGAACGUCUACUUCGGCGACUGUUCUGACUCCGAUGCCGUCGUUCAGGCGGUCGGAAUCCGUGGAGAGGACGCACAGAGGGACUCCACAGCCUAAUUCGUUGGAUUUCGGAUUUGGUCAUGGUAAUGGUAGGGGUGAGAUGUCAGCGGCUCAGAAGCUGUUGUUCAAUUCGACACGGAGCCUAUCGGUUUCUUUCCAAGGCGAAUCGUUUCCUUUGCAGGUUAGUAAGGCAAAGCCCGCGCCGACUCCUGGUAUUCGGAAGGGUAUCUCAGAGCAGAGAAAAACAAACACACCGACAAGAGGUACUGGCGGCGGUGAUCAGACGGAGAACAUGAAGCCUGUAGAUCAGCAGCGGUGGCAGGGUAAUCAAUGGCAGGCGAAUUGUAUGAGCAGGAGUUUGGAUUGUACGGAUGAACGGAAGAAAGUCGCUGGUGGGUCUGGGAGUGUAGUCAGAGCGCUGCAGAAUUCGUUUGCCGAAGACAGAUCUUCAUUUGAUGGAAGACUUAGUACUGAUUCUGGAAAUGUACAAUUGGAGAAGGCGGUAGAGCCUCUUCCUGAAGGAACUUCAGCUAGUAGUUUAGACAUUUCCUCCGAUUCUGAGAGCGUGUCUUGUAGUAGUAAUUCAGGAACACAGGAGGGUGGUACCGGAAAAGGACAGCGUGGCCCUCGAGUCGUUGUGGUACCGGCAAGAGUCUGGCAGGAGACUAACAACCGGUUGCGACGGCAACCAGAACCGGGCUUUCCAUCAUCUAAGAACAUUGGAGCAAAAACUUCAGUACCUUCAAAAGUAAAUAUUCCCAAGAAGCAUUCAAUUGAUAGUCCAGCAUCAUCUCCUCGCCAGGUUGCAAAUAACAACAUGGAGCAGUCGUCUCCUAUUCGAGUUCCAGUUGGUCUUGCAUCCCCAAGUAAGCUUUUAGCAUCAUCCAUAUCCAUAUCAUCACCUUCAAAAGGAAGUCCAUCUCGUGUAAGAUGCUCAGUGACAAAUGGGUUUGGUAAUAAAUGGAGUAGCACACCAUCUUCUUUGAGUUUUGCUAAUGAUGUUCGAAAGGGAAAAAUGGGGGAUAGCCGGAUGGUUGAUGCACAUUCAUUGAAGAUGUUGAACAACAGGCUUUUACAGUGGCGUUUUGUUAAUGCUAGAGUAGAUAUCAUUUCUUCUGUCCAGAGCCUGAAUGCAGAGAGAAACCUCUUCAGUGCUUGGAAUGGUAUUUCAGAACUGCGUGAAUCUGUUAUAGCCAAAAGACACGAGUUGCAAUUACUUCAGCAUAAACUGAAGCUGGCUUCUAUCCUCGAGUCUCAAAUGACAUGUUUGGACGAGUUGGAUCUUCUGGAUCAAGACUUUUCCAGCUCUCUGUCUGGUAUUACAGAUGCUCUGGAAGCUAGAACCCUCCGCUUGCCAGUUGAUGAAGGGGCUAAGGCUGAAGUCCAGGAUGUCAAGGAUGCUAUUUGUUCAGCAGUUGAUGUGAUGCAAGCAAUGGCACCUUCCUUAAACUUAUGGCUACCAAAGGUUGGAGAUGUGAAUUCUGUGGUAUCAAAACUUGCUGAUGUUAAUGCACAUGAGCGUGCAUUGCUUGAUCAGUGCAACGAUCUAUUGUCUACAGUAGCAUCCAUGCAGGUAAAAGAAUUCAGCCUGAGAACACACAUGUUGCAACUAGAACGCAUACCAGCUUAACAGGGCAGCAGGACAGAGACAGGUAUCUGCUGACUGCACUUAUUAGACCUAAAGUUCAUGCCAGAUAAUUAAAAACCCAUUCUUUUUACUUGAAUUCAUGAAACAAGAAGAAAUAAAAGAUCCAUUGACAGGGUCAGUCAAUAGAAGUUGCGAGUGUUUCAUAUAUGGUAGGAAAUUUGUGGUGCUCUAGAGUGGAUCAAAAUUUACAACAUUCAUGUACUUUCUUUCUUCUAGAGAAAGGCCAGGGCAAUAUUUUUUGUAAAUGUCUAAUGAUGUAGUUCUCAUUAAUUGCUUUAUUUUGUCUCCCUGCCUUUUUUGGCCUCCAACUUUUGGUUUUUGUGGAAAAAUAGGCAAAUAGUGCUUUUUGGCUGAUGAUAGAUGAGUAUGAAAACUCCUUUCGACUGGUUACGUGUGAACUGUGAAAACAUAGUCCAAUUCAUAGGUCAAUGACCACAUGCAAUAAAUUUUUGCUACCUCUAUCUCAUUCAUAAAAGAUUUAUUCAUUGCACUUGAAAGUUGAAAAUGAUUACAAACCCACUCUAAUCCAACAUUUGAAGAUUGCUGUUGAAAUCUUAUGGGCCGAUUAGAAGUUGGGUAAUUUACCACCUA